ACAUCGUUCAUUUUGUUAUUUCUGAUCGCAUAAUACGACAAGAACGUGUUCUAUCCACGAAUAUCUCACUGGAUAUAUAAAUAUCGUCAUCUAAAACACCUACAGGAGAUAAAAACUAAAACAAAAGCAUUUUAUCUCUUCAGGCUUGGCUUUUUACAACUUGUGAAAUGGAUUUCUUUGACACGGAGCGGACUUGCCCGAGCCACGCGCUCCCUUCCACUUCACACGUAAUGCCCGGUAGUCAUGGCGAAGUCUGAACUGAAACUAUACCGAGUUUCGUCGUAAAACCAGACUAUUAAAACCGGGCCAGUAAGACCAUGAGGUUCAGACAUCACUGGAUAUGUUUACAAGAACGAAGGGCCUAUGAGGAAGGGUAGACCUGCCUGGAAUCGGUCUGUUUUUUUCGACUGUACUGUCGUUUUAAAUCUUCGUAGCCCGCCUGUUUCUCAUUGGCACCGCCCACCUUGGAACGGAGGAGAGCGCUGAUUGGACGCGCCGCGCUCUUACUGAAUCUUUCCUGCGCUUUUCAUUGGUGCGCUGCCGCCUUUCCCCUCAGGCUCUCGCGGGGCUGCUUUGUGAAGAUGGCGGCCGAACUGGUAGAAGCGAUGAACAUGGUGAAGAGUUUCCGGGUGUCUGACCUGCAGACACUACUGGCCUCUAUGGGGCGCAGUAAAAGCGGGUUAAAGCAGGACUUGGUGGGACGAGCUUUGAGACUGGUGCAGACAGAAUACAGCCCGGAGCUGCUGAAGAACGUCCGACAGCUCUACGAAACACGCUUUCCCAAAGCACCCGGAUGGUUGGCUGCCCGUCGCCCAGAGGGGAUACCAGCAGUGUCCUAUACAGCGAUCAACUCGCCCCCACGAAACACAGCCCAGGGCACAGACUACCUCAAUGGCAUGCCCAAGCUGGCUGCUCCACCAGCAGCCGAAGUUAAACUAGUGCCCUUGCCCUUUUACCACAACUUAGAAACAUUGUUGCCACCUACAGAGCUAAUUGCGCAGAAUAGUGAGAAACUACAGGAUAGUCAGUGUGUUUUUGAACUAACACAGAGCCAAAUAGACCAGAUCCGAAACUCCAGUGAACUUCGCCCAGGAGUGAAAUCGGUCCAGGUGGUCCUUAGAAUCUGUUACACUGACUCCAUUGGUGUUCAGGAGGAUCAGUACCCUCCCAAUAUUGCUGUCAAAGUGAAUCAGUCCUACUGUCAUGUUCCCGGCUAUUAUCCUUCCAAUAAACCAGGUGUGGAGCCUCGUCGCCCCUGUCGCCCUAUAAACAUCACCCCCUGGCUUCAUCUCUCGACAGCUACCAACAGAGUCACCAUCACAUGGGGCAACUUUGGAAAGCGGUAUUCCGUGGCUGUGUACCUGGUGAGGGUCUUCACAUCUGCAGAGCUCUUCAACCAGCUCAAGCACUGCUCAGUGGAGAGCGCAGAGCGAUGUCGUGAACGCAUUCAAGACAAGCUGCGUUUCGAUCCAGAGAGUGAGAUUGCCACUACAGGACUGAGAGUGUCUCUGAUCUGCCCACUGGUGAAGAUGCGUCUGGGAGUGCCGUGCCGGGCACUCACCUGUGCUCACUUGCAGUGUUUUGAUGCUGUCUUCUUCUUGCAAAUGAACGAGAAGAAGCCUACAUGGACCUGCCCUGUAUGUGACAAACCUGCUCCCUUUGAGCUGCUCACCAUUGAUGGAUUGCUCUCUGAGAUCCUGAAGGAGACUGAGGAUGUGGAGGAGAUUGAAUAUUUGACUGAUGGGUCAUGGAGACCAAUCAGGGACGACAAAGAAAAAGACAGGGAGAGAGAAAAUAACCACACUCCAGAGUAUCCGGUUGUGGAUAUAUGUGUUCCUGAGACGAAUGGCCACUCCCCAGCACACAGCAGUACGAGCCAGACAGGACGAUCGGCAUCGGGCGGCCCAGCAGCAGGCACAGGUGGUGCCACCGGACCUUCAGGCGGAGGGGCAGUGGUGGACCUUACGCUGGACGACUCAUCAGAUGAGGAAGAGGGUGGAGGGGGGGCUGGGGACAGCGAGGACACAGAGGACAGCCAGGACAGCCCAGCGCCUAAGAGGGGCCGAUACGAUUAUGACAAAGAUCUGGUCACUGCAUACUGAAACAGGCUGCAGAUGCGGACAGAGGGAGAGGGGAUAUGGGUUUGGGUCUGAGCCCUAGAAAAAUCCCCUCACUCCCAUCGUUUUCUCUCCUAAAAUGCGUUUCCCCAAAAUACUCAUACAGACAUACGAACACAUGCACAAACUGUUGACCUCUGGAGCAGGUGGGCAUCCUCAUGACACCACUGGAAAUCCACAGAUGCCCACUAAAGCCAUCCUCUGUCUUCUCCACGGCAUCUUAAUACUGUUUUCUCCCUUUAAAUAACUAUGGAGGAGUUAUAAACCACCCUUGAUUCUUUCUCUUCCAUCUCCCCCACACUUUGUAUUUCCAGCCCAAACCACUUAGCCUCACAGUCACCAUAGGCAUUUUAGCUUUCACCAUAGACGAGUUCUGCGAAGAGAUGCUUAAAAAGAUUUGUUGUCAGCAAUAUAAGGUCAGAACCGCAAGUGGCGUAUACAGAGACAAACUCCAAGUUAGAUUAAAAAAAAACUUAACUAGGAAUUAAAAUUUUACGACCUAUAAUUAAUACAGAGGCAUUUCCGUUGAGUUUAGAUAUAUUGUGGAGCAGCUGUUAUCCAAAAGCCAAAAUAACUUUCAGCUGUCUCUGUAAUUAUUCAUGGUUUGGUCAGAUUUGGAAGGUAAGGGUUUGUUUUUCAUAUAUUUAUUUUUCUACCCCUUUAUUUCUCUUUUGUUCCAUGGAAAUUGACAACCUACCUCAGUCUAAAGGCAAACUUGACCACAACUUGAAAGGCUAGACAACAUGACUUGAUUUUUUUUUUCUUUUUCUUUUUCCUUUCUUCUUCAUCAUACUCAUUAACACUGGAAAGAAAAGUUGUUCGCUACAUCAUGUCGUGCCCUUAGAAAUCUCACUAAAACAGCCCUGGACUUUUCUCACAAGUGGAUUUCCAAUCAGGCUUGCUCACAGACAUGAGCGCUGCGCUUUGCCUCCUAGCUGAAAUAAGGAAUGCUCUCCCAUCAGUCAACACUUGGAACUGUGAGAACUUUUGAAAUUGAUGUUCCAGCGGGUAAAUAUUAUACAGUAGGAGCUAAUGAUUACGUAUCUGAACUUAAAUGGAUGAUUGCAAGUCUGAGUCUCACUUUUGUGGCUUUGCUAACUAAGGCUGUGAAGUAUACGGAGCUGCUUUCAUGAGAACUUAAGGAUGUGGAAGGCAGGGGAGGAGAUGGAGAUGAAAAGAAGUCCAGACAAUGCCAAGAAAACAAACAGCCAUUUAAAUCACUUGUAGAAGUAAAUUCAGUGACUGCAUGAACUCAGAUGGGUAUAAAGGCAUCUAACCCAAUUGUUCAAUUGUUUUUUUUUUUUUCAAGUCAGUCAUGUUUUUUCCCUUAAUUGGACCUUUUGGUUUGAAACUGAUAGGAGACUUUGUUUCCACUGUGAGCCCUGUGAAUCAGACAUUGAUGUUGGAUGUCAUUUAUUUUUGUCGUGAGAUGGGUAUGUUGGCUUAAUCUCCUGAUGUGGAAUCAGUGAUCAGUGUAACAUGCAACAUUCUUCAUUUUUGGCAUUCAAAAAUCUGUAUUUAUUGUUUUAAUCAUUUGUCUUUAAAUAGCAUUUUGUAUUAUUUGUACAUAUUGAGGCAUUUGAGAAGAGCGCAGUGCUAUUUGAAGUGCUAGUUUUUGGAAGGGAAAGAAAAAUGGUUAGGAGGCUGGUUCUGAUUUACCUGGUUAGAUAGGAGAUUUUGCUGCAUCCACUCACAGAAAUCACAGAAGUCUGUAAUCCACGCGCCUGUGGGCUAGACAUGUGACGCUUUAUACAUGGGCAUAUCAUGAGGAACUAGUUUGACUUGAUCCUAAUCACAGAAAUCCUGCUCUGGGUUGUGUUUCAAGCUUCAGUUAGAUUUAGUGUGGAACUGUGUACUAGGGGAGGAGAUGGAGGCUGACCACUUGAAAGGGGACUGAAGGUUUUGUUCUGGAGUCCAUCUCAUAAAUUCAAGUCAUUUGAUUAGCGAGCCAUAAUACCUGAGUACCAGGUACAAUGUUAGCAUGAAGGGGUUCACAGCUUGCAAAUUCUUUUCAGUGAGUAGGAAGAGAAACCACUGCAUAAUGUCCACUGCUCUGAGUGACAGGCCUGCGCUUACUUUUUUUUCCCCUCCUUAAAUCAUCUUGAAUUCUAACUUGAAAACAGUGUCAGUACUGUAUUCCAUCUGUGCAAGGGAAUGUCUUAACUGAAAACCAUAACAUUGAAGAAAGUCGAUUUUCAUUUUGAUUUGCGAGUCCGCAUAUGAUCUUCCAUGUAUUGUCCACAAUAUUCCCAGCUUCAAGUUUUAGUAGAGAAGCAACAGUGCUCAUAUUGGCAUAUUCUGUUCUCUUUAUUAGUCCCUGUUUUUGUUUUUGUCCUCCAACUGGACCACAUUUUGACUGAUUUUUUUUUUCUUCUUUUUUUCUUUUUUUUUUGUAGGAACUUCUUGAAUAGAUUUCCAUUCUACACUUAAUAAAUUAGAAGAGAAUUGGGUAGAUAAAGGUUCAUUUGUAUGAAGUAAAAUGACUUUCAGCUUCUCGAUGGCGAUGAAGUGUUGAGUCUCAGUGAUUUUUUUGAAAUCUGGGGUUUGACCUGAAGUGGUUCUUUGGGAUUGGAGGUGAAUCCUGACUGGUGACAUCCCUUCUCAUUACAGUGCUUAAGAUAGCAUGGGCAGUGGCUUGCAAUGUAAUUGUUUUUUUUUGUUGUGUGUGUCUUUUUACAUGUUGAUAUCAAAAGCCAAUAAAAAAUAAAUAAUAUUUUAUCAAUUUUUGAAUUGCCUCCAGUUUGCUCCAGUGGGUGGUCCUGGUAAAAUGUUAGUGGUUUGUUUUUGCCACUUUCAGAAGAGAUAAAUAAAUCAGUGAAAUUCUGUCAUGUCCUCACAGUGGAUUUGGCUGUGGAAUCAAGUAUUUGGUGGGCCCUGUUUAAAUGGAAAAUCAUGUAAAAAGUUCAAGGACAGCAUACUGUCAUUUAUGUGUGCAAUUAAUUAAACUGAUUUUAAAAAAUUUAGUGUUGU